AUGAGUUUCGUGGCAGUAUUCACACUGAUUGGAGGGUUUUCCCUCACCGUAAUCCCUGGACUGGUGUUCCCCAAUGUGGCCUGGCUCCUGGACAUCAUGCCAGUCAGUCCCUCACCAUAUAGAGACCUCGGUGGCUCUGUUUGCCACCCUGGGGCUGGGGGGCUGCUGUGUCUCCUCCAGCUUUACCAGGCGGCUCAUGGAGGAGACCUCUGGGAGUUCCAGAGAGGAGUCACUGCGUACAGACGCAGUUUCCCGGAGACAAUGAAGGAGCUGAUGGGAGAGCACUGGUGA